AUGGAUGGCAUGUGGCAUACGGUAAAAACAUACUUCGCAGAGUCCAACAGUCUCCUACAAUUCUGCAGCCAUCUCUGUGAAUUGAAGUCAUAUCCAAACAAGAACAGCAAUACAGAAUAUGGCGUGGAUCUAGACGAAGAUUGCAUGCGAAUAUUCUCCGCCCUUGGCGAUAUCUCUCGCCCCCCAUACUACACCAUUCACACUGGCAAAGGCGACACUUCCAUCGAAGAAGUGUGUCGAUACGUCAUGCGUGACGUGCUCCAAUGGUGGGCCAACUGGCACGGAACUAUAGCAGGCCAUCGAUGGAAGCAUUUGUACAUCGCAUUUACGACCAUCUCCGACGAAAUAGCAAUUCCUCCACAAGAUCUAGCAGAUGGUUCUUUCCGUUUCCUGGGAAACUCUCUAGCGGAUGUUCUCGAAGGGCUGCGCUUAGAAGGUGUUCAUCCGGACGAUAUCAAAUUACUGGAGAUGUACCUGUGGCGACAGUCCAUCAUUCAAUAUCUCGAAAAGGUCGACCCGACGAUCCGCGAGAUCUUGAUAGGAAAGACUACCCUCAUGACUCUAUGGAGGGUGUUGACGGCAGGGACUCAUUGUGCCGCUGUAUUUCUUCUCACCAGUAAGGGUAUCCGACCACAGGGACAGACGGAUCAUGCACUUGAAAUGGCCAGCAUAUGCGAUGCAAUUUCCAUGGAUCUGGGAAAGGAAGCUCUGAGUGUAUUGCAAGAUGAACCGACAGAAACUGUUACAGGCAAAGAUCGCGAGAUGCUCAAGCGCGAGCUACGCUGGGUUUAUUUGCGGGCUUUGGGGUCCCUCGAUCAGGACCCGAGAGGCGCGUUGCUAAGGCGGUUCGCAACCUCGGGAUUUCAUUAUGUCCUUCUGAAUGAUCGCUAUCAGGAACGAGUUGCGCAUGUCCGAUUUCCAAUGUCGCCGUAUCUGCGCCGCCGAAUUGCUGCUUACUAUAAGAGUUUAUGA